AUGGCAAUGCCCGAGACGAUCCUCAUGUUCGCAGCUAGCGAAUCUCCAAACAAGGAGCCUUCGCCUGCGCCAAAUCUGGGGCCGACAGAGUUCGACAAGGUUUCAUCCGUGGUGCAGAGUUCCUACACGACGAGCCCUUCUGAUCAAGGAAUCCCUCCAUCAAGCACAACUCCAGCUAAGCCUGCUCAAGAGAAGUCCCUUUUGGGUUCAUUGUCAUUCUCGAAGCUCAAAUCGGGAUCUGAAGAACUGGCACGUCCUGGUGAUGCUGCUUCAGUCAAGGACGACAAGAGCCGACUAAAGAACUUGCAGUCUCCCCACAGGUGUUCCCCUGAAGUGGAAUUGCCUCGCAAAGGCACAAGUGCUGGUGCUGCUAAAGACGAUUUUGCAAUAACCUUGCAGGACGCGCCACAACAACCUCUGCCAGAGGCUACGGCGGCGGAAGGUGAUGAAUGUGUAUGCUGCUGGGCAAAUUUCAUCAACAUGGUCACGUUGGCCGAGUGGGUCGUGUUGACGUGUGUCACUGGGCUUCUGAUCGCGAGCUUAACAGUGCAGAAGCUGCAAAAGACAGAUAUUUGGAAGGUGGAGCUGUGGAAAUGGUGUGUGCUGGUGUUGGCAAUCUUUUCUGGUCGGUUAGUAAGUGAGUUGUUGAUGACCCUGUUGGGUUGCUUGAUUGAGGGGAAACUCUGGCUCAAAGAGAAGCUCUUGUACCUUCUCUAUGGAUUGAAGCGCAGUGUGCAAGUUUUUAUCUGGUCAGUUUUCGUUCUUUCUGUCUGGGGUUUGCUGAUAUACCACGGAGCGAAGAGAUCGAGCCAAGCAAUGGAGAUACAAAGUUACGUGACAAGGGCUCUUGCUUCUUGUCUCGUAGGAGCUGCCAUAUGGCUUUUCAAAACGCUGCUGGUAAAAUUGGUUGCUGCUUCCUUUCACUACAAAGCGUUCUUUGAGCCUAUCCGCGCGUAUGUCCAUCACCAGCACGUGAUCACGGCGCUUUCCGAAAACCAUUCAAUGGGACGGGAUGGCGAGUUCAAAGGGCGGCUCAGUUUCUUGAAGUGCAUCAGUGGAGUGGCAGAGAAUCUAGAGAAGGUAAUUGAUGCGGAGAUGCUGAACCUGUUGAAGGGAAAUCGAAUUUCAGCUUGGAAUUUGAGGCGGUUGAUCAGCGGUAUUACUGGCUCAGGGAUAUCUCUCUUUGACGAGAGCCUUGAUCAUCCAGAUGAGGAGAUCCGUAUUUGCUCAGAAGCCGCAGAGACUGCUGGGAAGAUAUUUGAGCAUGCGGAUACAAAGAAAAAGGGGUGCAUUGAAGGGGAAGACCUCAAGAGCUUCAUGAAGGAGGAGGAUGCUGCCAAAUUCAUCCAUUGGAUUCAAGGACCGGAGGGUAAUGGAAAGAUCGACAAGCCAACUCUAAAGAACUGGCUAGAGACUGUUCACCGUCAGAAGAAAUUACUCGCCCGCACCUUAAAAGAUGUGGAUACGGUCAUCGAUAAUCUGGACUGGCUUCUCUCAGCAAUCGUGCUUGUCGUGAUUACCAUCACGUCGUUACUUAUCAUGGGACUUUUGACAUCGGAAACACUCAUUUUUAUCUCAUCUCAGCUUUUGCUUGUGGUGUUUAUGUUCGGUAACACUGCCAGAACCGUGUUUGAAGCUGUCAUCUUCAUAUUUGUGACACAUCCGUUCGAUGUGGAAGACCGUUGCGUCAUCGAUGGAGUGCAGUUGGUUGUUAAGAAGAUGACUAUUUUGACCACGACCUUCGUGCGAUCUGACGGCGAAAAGAUAUACUACCCUAACUCGGUUCUGGCCACCAAACCGAUUAGCAAUUUCAAUAGGAGCGACAAUAUGGGCGAUUCUGUGGAGUUCACCGUCGAUUUCUCUACUUCAGUCGAUAGUAUUGCAGAAUUAAAGGAGCAAGUGAAAAAGUACUUGGAAAGCAAGCCUAACUACUGGAAGAAGGAGCACAGCGUCGUGGUCAAGGAGAUUGAGGAUGUCAGCAAGUUGAAGAUGGGUCUCUUCGUCACCCACACGAUAAAUUUCCAAAACUCUGGGGACCGGAGCAGCCGGAGAUCCGAACUCGUGUUGGAGCUGAAGAGAAUCUUCGAAGAAGUCGGUAUCAAAUACCGUCUGCUUCCUCAGGAAGUUCAAGUCGGCUAUGCCGGGUCAGCAGCGCGGUCUUGAAUCUUCCAGGAGAAAAGUUGCUGGUGAC